CCGAACCUAUCAUCCCAUCUAUGCCCAUUUCUUACACACUCCUCCUAACUGCAUUGCGCGACCAAACGGCGCCAAAAUGGAAAAUCCCCCAAUUUUCCUAGCAAAAUGAAACAAGAUCGAUUGUGGAAAUUGCAAUAAUUUCUUCCAAACAGAUGGAAUGUGAAAUGGGUACAGAUGGGUCCAUCUCAACGUUGGCAGGCGUGAAUUCGCUCCGGUCUGUAUUCUGUUGAUGUAUCUUGAUUGCAUUUCAUGGGGCUGUUUUGGCUGCGUCUGGAUGCACGAAUGAAUUGAAUUGCAAGCAUUCGGGUUUUAGGCAGGAAGAAAAGGACAAAAAGAAUGGAGGAGAAGACUCUGGUGGUAGUCCAUGACUCAUCCUCCUUACAUGAUGCCGGCAUGUUCGGCUAUCCAGACCAUCCAAAUUGCAGGGAAUGGCAGGAGUGGAAAGUCCUUCAUUGAGAAAUGGCAAUGCGGCCACCAAGUCCUUAAAGAAACGGGAUUUGGAAGACGGCAUUUCUUCUGUUGAUACUGCCAACUGCAAGCGUCAGAAAGUCUCCGCCAUUCGGGAUUUCCCAAGUAGUUGUGGGCGGUUCGCUGCAAGAAUCAAAGAAAAAAUUACUCAACUCGGUGCAGUUAUUGGCGCUUUUGUAGGACCGACUGAAUCGCUUGAGUCAUCAAAUCAUUUGGACCAAACUGAAGUUUCUGGCUCAUCCCAAAUUUUGAAAGGUGAAACAGCUGAAUUUCCAAUGAUUUUGGAUCAGACUAAAUUGAACGGAUCAUUGUUGGAGACUCCAAAACGUGAAAUCAGUUUGUGUCUGCCCCAAGAUUCUGUUCAGCCUGACACGUGUGAGUCGUCAAAGGUUUCAGAUCAACAUUGUUUGUCUGUUUCUGCUGUUGAAGAAACAGAAGAACACGUGGCGAAAAGAUAUCCUCUCCGGAGAAGAAUCUCCUCCAGUCGAGAUUUUCCACAGGGUUGUGGAAGAAAGGCUCGACGCAUGAGCAAGGAGGAACGCCUUAAAGUGAUUGCUUCUUCUGGAAGCAAGAGUGGCAGCAAUAAUAAUUAUGCUGGGGACGAUGGCCCAUCACUCAAGAUGGCUAGGACUGUCAAUACUGGAAGAAACGGGGUUAACUCAAGAAUGGAGGAUACAAAAGAAGUCACUACAAUCACUGCAAUACAGGAAGUUGUAUCUUGGCAGGAGAAACUGGUUGAGGAAUCUGCAGGACCCAGCAAGGACAAGAGUUCAAACAGGAAGUUCAUGGGGGAAGAAAAAAAUGUCACUGAAAAUCGAUCUCAAGGAGAUGGGUUUACAUGUUUUGAAUCUUUUGGUGAUAGAAUGAUGGUGCAGGCCCCGGUGGGUGCAGCAAACCAUCCUUGGGGGCAGGGAAAGCUGCAGUUGCAUGCAACUAGUGUCAGCUAUGGUAUGGCUAUAGACACAUUUAAGAAGGAUGGUGGUGAUCUUUCGUGGAAGUCAAAAGCCUCCAGAGGAAAAAUGGCUGCAAGGAAAUCGCAUUGUAUGGAAAAGACUGCUUCCCAGGAGAGGAACAAAAAAGAUAUCAAGGACGAGGACAAUUCUCUGCCACCUGAUGAAUGUGUUCCUGUUGCUCAAGAGUCACAAGAGAUAAGAAUGAAUGUUGUUCCAUCUGUCCCUCCUAAUUCUAGUGCUAAAGGCCACGAUGCCCGUCACAAAGUUAGAGAGACUCUACGCCUUUUCCAGGCGACAUUUAGGAGGCUUUUGAGAGGAGAGGAAGCAAAGAGGGGACAAGGGAAGGCCAUUAGGCGAAUCGACCUAGCUGCUAGUAAGCUUCUCAAGGAAGCGAACAAGUGUGUGAACACUGGCAAGCCAAUCUUCGGAAGCGUGCCCGGGGUCGAAAUUGGCGAUGAGUUCCGCUACAGGGUGGAGCUUUCCAUCAUUGGCCUUCAUCGGCCUUAUCAAGGUGGCAUAGAUUACACAAAGGUAAGGGGAAGGAUUCUGGCUACGAGUGUUGUGGCUUCUGGGGGUUAUGCCGAUGACAUGGACGAUGUGGAUGUGUUGGUCUACUCGGGACAAGGAGGAAUUCCUUCGUGUAGAGAUAAGCUGCCAAAAGAUCAAAAGCUCGAGCGUGGAAAUCUGGCACUGAAAAACAGUAUAGACGCCAAAAGACCUGUUCGGGUCAUCCGUGGAUAUAAAGAAACUAAAGGCAGCGAUUCCCACGAUGCAUGGGCAAAGACAGGUAUAACAUUCACUUACUAUGGGCUGUAUUGGGUUGAGAGGUUUUGGCAGGAGGACGGGGAUCAUGGGUUUAAAGUUUUCAAGUUUGAGUUGAGAAGAAUGCCAGGGCAGCCCGAUCUUGCUUUGAAAGAAGCAAAGAAGUCAAAAAGAUCGGCGGUGCGUGAAGGCCUUUGUUUAGAUGAUAUUUCUAAUGGAGGGGAGAGGAUACCCAUCUGUGCAGUGAAUACAAUUGACAGUCAGCAUCCAUUGCCUUUCAAAUACAGAACCAAGAUGGUCUAUCCUUCUUGGUGCCAGCCAACUCUUUCAAAAGGUUGUGACUGCACCAAUGGAUGCUCAGAUAAAGAAAAGUGUAUCUGUGUAAUUAAGAACGGAGGGGAGAUUCCUUUCAACCAUGACGGAGCCAUUGUAGAGGCCAAACCCCUUGUUUAUGAGUGUGGUCCAUCUUGCAAAUGCCCCCCAUCUUGCUACAACAGAGUUAGCCAGCAUGGUAUCCGAUUCCUGCUAGAGAUCUUCAAGACCAAAUCAAGGGGUUGGGGAGUCAGAUCCCUAAACUCUAUUCCGUCUGGCAGUUUUGUAUGUGAGUAUACAGGGGAGCUGCUUGACGAGAAGGAGGCUGAACAAAGGACCGGUAAUGACGAAUAUCUGUUCGAUAUUGGGCGGAACUACAAUGACCAUUCACUCAUCCCGAACUUGCAUCCAGCUGCUUCUUGCGAAGUGGCGUCAGAUUCGGGCUUCACCAUUGAUGCAGCUGAGUACGGCAGCGUGGGAAGAUUCAUCAAUCAUAGUUGUUCUCCUAACCUUUAUACGCAGAAUGUCCUUUAUGACCACAAUGACAAAAGAAUUCCGCACAUAAUGCUCUUCGCUGCCGAGAAUAUCCCGCCCUUGCAGGAAUUAACGUACGACUACAAUUAUACAAUUGGACAAGUUCAGGAUUCGGAUGGCAAUGUAAAGGAGAAGAUUUGCUACUGUGGUUCUAAUGAAUGCAGUGGGAGGCUGUAUUGAGAAGAUUGUACAUGAGUGCAUGAUGCCCAUGUAAAAAUAGAAAAGAUUUGGGUUUUGGAGCAGCGGGAGUUCCUUACGUGUUGUUUGUUAGAAGCGGCUACUGACAGCCAUGUUAUGAAAAUGCAUUCCUUGUUGGAUAUAUGCUCGAAUGAAGCUAUUAUCAGGCGAAGUUUGCAAUUCAGAUGGAAAUGUAAAGGAGAAAAAUGGUUGUUGUGGUUCUCACAAGUGUAAUGUAUGGUGGAGAUUGUUCGUGAACUUGAGGUAUGAACAUAAAAAUAGAAAAGAUUUGGUUUUUUUCAGGGAAGCAGGGAUUCGUUAGCUGUUGUGUUUGAAGUUGCUACUGACACCAAUGUAAUCAUAAAUUUACUAGUCUGUUGGAUUUUGCUCUACUAAAGCGGUAAUCAGGUUCUGAAAGGUACUUUUACUCCCAUUGCUGCUUUUAUUUUAUAUAUUUUACUCAUUUGUGUGCAAA